AUGCCCGAGAAAGGGGACAAGCCGUUGCAAGGCCAGCCCUUGGAUUCCAGUGUCGGCGAGGCGGUGGAUCAGUUUCAGAACCUUCUGUGGUCUCGAAAAGCCUUUGUGGAGAGCGUGAAAGUCUACAACCAGAGCUACAUCUACAUGCCUGCCUUCUCCAUGAAAGGGGGAACGGAGCCGUCGCUCCGGGUUUAUUACACCCUAGCAGACAUUGGUGCGAAGCAGACGGUGAUCUUCGCUAACCCGAAUUUUCUACGGGACACUGGAAAGUUCUGGAAGAGCAAAGGGAUUCACGCCAAGCGGCUGUCGACGGGCCUCUUCUUGGUCAGUGCGGCCCUGGGUUUGUGUGAAGAAGUAACGAUUUACGGCUUCUGGCCUUUUUCGAUGGACCUGCAUGGAAAAUUUAUCAGUCAUCACUACUACGAUAAUGUCCUGCCAGAUUCGGGAUUCCACGCGAUGCCAGAGGAAUUCUUACAACUUUGGUUUCUUCACAAAAAUGGAGUGUUGCGAAUGCAGCUGGAACGGUGUGAGGACCCUGUAUCUCACUCUGCCGCCUGAGAACCUCAGGGACGUUCUGAGGAAAAUGCUUGCUCCACGUUCUAGAAAAAAAUAUUGCCUGAACAAGGGGG